AGUUACUCUAAAUACUCGAAUUCAAUAUAUAAACACUUAAAAAAAUAUUAAACAGUGUAAACACAGUUACAAACUUGAAUUAUGAGUGAGAAAAGAAAAGCUGAAGAUAAUGGAAGUGAUAACGAAGAAUGGAUUGGACCUUUGCCUUCUGACUCAGCUCCACAAAAGAAACAAAAAGUUUUACAGUAUGAAAAAGUAUAUCUCCAUAAUUUACCUUCUUACGAAUGCUAUGAAAAAUCAUACAUGCACAGAGAUGUCAUUACCCACAUUGUUGUCACAAAAUCUAACUUUAUUGUUACUGCCAGCUGUGAUGGACACGUCAAAUUUUGGAAGAAACAAGAUGAGUUAAUUGAAUUUGUUAAGCAUUUUCGAGCUCACCUACAGUCAAUUCGAGCUCUAGCAGCUAGUAGCAAUGGAGUUCAUUGCUGUACAGUUAGUUUAGAUAAAUGUAUGAAAAUAUUUGACAUUGUGAACUUUGACAUGAUAAACAUGAUGAAUCUUAGUUAUACACCUCAGUGUGCAGAGUGGAUUUAUUCUCGUGGUGAUGCCAUAGCUGCGAUUGCAGUUACUGAUCAAGAUUCAAAUAAAAUAUAUGUUUAUGAUGGUCAAGGAGCAGAAACUCCACUACACAUUUUUGAUAAACUUCACUCAAAACCCGUCGUUUUGUUGAAAUACAAUCCUGUUUACGAUAUUUGCAUAUCUGUAGACAAAGCCGGAAUGUUAGAAUAUUGGACUGGUCCAAAAACAGACUAUUGUUUUCCAAAAAAUGUUGAAUUUUCCUCAAAAUUUGACACUGAUUUGUAUGAGUUUGCAAAAAACAAAACAUAUCCUUGUGGCCUUGCUAUAUCUAAUGAUGGAAAAAAGUUUGCAUCAACAAGUGGUGACCGAAAAGUUAGGGUAUUUAAUUUUCUUACUGGAAAAAUGUCUAGGGUAUACGAUGAGGCUUUACAAAGAUUUUCUGAGUUGCAACAAGCCACGCAACAACUCCCAAAUAUGGAAUUUGGUAGAAGAAUGGCCGUUGAAAGAGAGUUGGACAAAACUGAAACAAAUCUUGGCAACGUUGUGUUUGAUGAGUCUGGAUACAUGAUAAUGUACAGUACAAUGUUGGGAGUAAAACUAGUGAACACCUACACCAAUCGCUGCAUGAAAAUCUUUGCAAAACCGGAAAAUAUCAGACCUAUACAGCUGGCACUCUUUCAAGGAAAAGCGAAAAAAACUGCUGUAACUGUAGAAAUGGAAGCAUCGGAUAAUCCUACUAUGGAUUUAACCAAGCCAGAUCCCAUUCUUUUCUGCACAGCACACAAAAAGAACCGCUUUUAUAUGUUUACAAGACGAGAACCGGACGACACUAAGGGUCCCGAAUGCGAUCGCGACGUUUUCAAUGAAAAACCUUCCAAAGAAGAUAUUAUUUCUUCCACAGAAACGUCCAACAUGCAAAAGAUUUUCGACACGGCCAUCCUUCAUACAACGCUGGGAGAUAUUCACGUAAACCUCUUUGGAAAAGAUGUACCAAGAACGGUGGAAAACUUUUGUGUACACUCGAAAAGUGGCUACUACAACAGCCAUAUUUUCCAUAGAGUUAUCAAAGGCUUCAUGAUACAAACUGGUGAUCCAACUGGUACUGGCACUGGUGGUGAGAGCAUAUGGGGUGGAGAGUUUGAAGAUGAGUUUAGAAAAAAUUUAAAGCACGACAGACCUUACACCUUGAGUAUGGCAAACGCCGGAUCAAACACAAAUGGCAGUCAGUUUUUCAUCACUCUCACUCCAACGCCCUGGCUCGACAAUAAGCACACCGUUUUUGGUAGAGUUGUCAAAGGAAUGGAAGUGGUGCAAAAUAUUAGCCAAGUAAAAACAAAUCCCAAGACUGACAAACCAUACGACGAUAUAAGGAUCAUUAGCGUUACUCUGAGAUAAUCAACUGCAACCGAAAU